AUGCGGGUUGCAAACUGCCUUUGGCAAAAGAAAGCUGGCGCCCCUCCCCCUCCCCCAGCACGAGGUUGGCGGCCAAGCCCUACGCGGGACCGCAGGCUGGAGGCGCGCCGGCGUGAUUCCGACCGCGGGAGCCUGGAGGAGGAGCCGGAGGUAGCUGCGGGGUGCUCCAGCCCAGGCGAAGGAAGGGCAAGAGGCGGUUCGGACCCGGGGCGGCGCCGGGAGGGCCUAAGGGCGGAGGCGGAGGGCAGGGGACUGCGGAGCUGUCCCUGGAGCGGGACGCGAACCGGCAGAGUUGGGAGAAGAGCCUCUGAGCCCAGGAGCCGAGCAUGCUGCCCCCGCGUGCAGCGCCCGCGUGCACCCAGCCCGGAGAGGGGGCGCCGGGCGGAGGCGGUGGCCCCCGGAAGGUGUCUGGGACCGGACCGGCUGCACGUGAGCCCAGCGCCGGGUCAUGUGCACCAGCUCAGCCCGGUUCGGCGGCUGGACGUGCUGCGUAUCAACAAAAUGAAACUCAGGAGGGCAGAUAGCUCCAGGUUCUCCGAAUCCCCAACCCCGGACGCUCGGCCUCCCCCCGCACCCCUCUCCCGCCGCAGCCCCUCCAACCGGCCGGAGCCCGCGGGGCAAGUUGCAACCUCCGCGCGCCCCCGCCCUCCCGCGCCCCCUCGCCGGCCCAGGGGCGCUUUGCCGCAGUCAUUAAUAAAGAAGGUCGCCAGGCUCACCCUUCCAAAAGUUGUUGUUGCAUGCGCCCCUCUCAGCCUCCCCGCACCGGGCGCUGCCCUCGGCUACGCGCCGCGGCGGGGGCCGGCGCGGGAAGGAUGCUCCCGAAACCAGGAGCUCCUGGGGCCGGCGCGGGAGGGCGGGGGGCGCGCAUCCAUCCGGGGUCGUGGCGAGGGAGGCGGCCGUGCCCGCGGCGUCCCCAGCCCCGCGCUCCUGCUGGGGACGGCGCCCGGAGCUGCCCCGUAUUUCCGGAGGGUGAAGAACGCGGUGAUGGGUGUGCGCUUGGAUCCUCGCAGUUUCUGGAAGAAGAGCCUGCGCUCGCCAGGCGGGCGGGCUGUCGGGCGGCUAGCCGGCGGUGGCGGGGCCUUGGGUCGGUUCCCAGAGCUGCGGACCACACCCACCUAA